AACCAUACCACCCCCCUCCCUGAAUCCCUCUCAUACAUUCUGUAACAGGACAGGGCAGUCAGUCAACCUAACACAUGCACAAUCUCAUUGCCCUCUCCCUCUUUGCCUUUCCCUCGUCAAUUUCCCUUCCAUCGAACAAUGCGACACGUUUACCACGAAGCUUGCACUGCCGACGACCACCGUAAUAAAAGACUCUUCCAGCCUGAAAUCACCCACUACUUCCACCACAAACCGGAACAACCGCUGCAAGGAGACUCGCUUUGGGACUGUGAGGAGGACAGCGAGGGCGAAGAUAAUAAUAACAAUAGCAGCAGCAGCAGCAUUACUGGGCGGGGCCCUGGUCCGAUUACCCGAACGAAGCAACAACAUCGAGAACAUCCUCAGCUCCCGCGCGCUCACAACGAAACGGUUUUCCCACAAGUGCCCGGCUCUGUCCAAGCAUCACUAUUAAGCGUCGGCAUGCGCGUUCGAAAAGCUGUGCCUGAGGGCUACAAAACUCUCAAAUCCUCAAAUGGGACCGCCCUACCCUCGAUCCAGACUACUCUGCUCUCGUCCGCUUCCUCCAAAACCCCGUCCACCACAGAGACCUAUGUGGUAAAACCAGCUGCUGGGUUUGUCGAGGAUGGCCUACAACACCAGCGAGAAUUGCUUCCUUUCUGUGGGCUACACAAGAUUGGCGGAUACGCGGAGCAGCCUGUCACCAAUGUACAUCUCUACGAUCCCACUGGGGAUAAGCCUUUAACAGUAUUUCCUCUACCUGCAGAGGCAUUCAAUCAGCCUUUCCCCACGCAUGCCAUUGUCACCGGCCCUGUAUCGGACCGUACCGAGAAUGCACAACUAUCAAAUGGAAACAAGAGAGUUUGGAGAGAUGAACCAGAAGGAAAUAAGGAGUCCGGCCAUUCAUUCAACAUGGCCAAUGGCUCAGGUUUUGCGUUCAAGAUUCCACUCAAAGUUGCCGAAGACGACGUCCCCGUAAGCCCCCUCAGCGAAACACCACGAAGGAACGACAUCUCAUUGCCCCAAGGCGGCUCGGCAUUACGGCCUUUCGCGCAGCCCAGGACUAGGAAACACCAUCAACUUGGUCCACGUAGUUACGUCCCUGACUUCGACAGUCUCAUAUACAAGGAUGGUGUACAAGAUGUGGAUAUGCAGGUCGAGAACGUUCACACAUCAGAAGACUUUGACGAGAAGGAGUCUGAGUUCCUGAGGCCGUGGCAUAUCCCGGCCCCAGAGGUCGAGAUGGGCGGCGUUUAAUAGAUGCACACCAGCCAGAGUGGCACUCGUGGGCAUCCACCUUACGGACACGAUACUCCUUCUUUUUGAUAUCCCCAUACUCGUUGCUAUUUCUGUUUGUUGGCCUUUUGCCUUCUGGGUUGCAACAUCCGAAAGGCGUCUUGCAACCACCUUUGUUUUCCUUUGCAUCAUUGGCAAGGCAUGCCUGAUGCGGGUGUUUUGGAGUCUUGGAUGCCGAGUAGGCUAUAUCGGCUGGUUGGAAUGGAUACCCUUAUUUUCAUUUUGUAUCACGCACGCACACACGCACACGCACACGGAGAGCAUUAGAUUCAUGAUCCUUUCUACAUUAACACUAGUAUGAAGCAAAAAUUAAUGGAAUCCCUAACAUUGUA